GAUACCACGCCACACACACUAGGAUGGCUGUUGUAAAACCAAAACAGAAAAUGAGUGUUGGUGAGGAGGUGAAGAAACUGGAACUCCGUUGUGCUUUGCUGAUGAGAAUAAAAUGUAGAAUUUCAUUCGAUGCAGUAGUUUUCCUUCUGUUUAUAUACCCUGAUAGUCACAUCAACUAUAUGGAACUAGGCAACGAAACACGAAGUUCAGAAUUUCUUCUUCUGGGACUUUCAGAGGAACCAGAAUUGCAACCCUUCUUCUUUGGGCUGUUCCUGUCCAUGUACUUGGUCACCAUACUUGGGAAUCUGCUCAUCAUCCUGGCUGUAAACUCUGACUCCCACCUCCACACGCCCAUGUACUUCUUCCUCGCCAACCUGUCCUUUGUAGACAUCUGUGUCACUUCCACCACAGUCCCCAAGAUGCUGGUGAAUAUACAAACACAGAGAAAGGUCAUAACUUAUGAAAGCUGUAUCACGCAGAUAUUUUUCGUACUCUUUGUAGUUUUGGACAAUUUCCUCCUGACUGUGAUGGCAUAUGACCGCUUUGUAGCCAUCUGUCACCCACUGUGCUACACAGUUAUCAUGAACCCCAAGUUCUGUGGGCUGCUGGUUCUGGUGUCCUGGAUCGUGAGUGUCCUGAAUUCCUUAUUACAAACCUUAAUGGUGUUGCAGCUGUCCUUCUGUACAGGCAUGGAAAUCCUCCACUUUUUCUGUGAACUCAGUCAGAUGAUCCAACUUGCCUGUUCUGACACCUUUCUUAAUGACAUGGUAACGUGUUUUACAACUGUGCUGUUGGGUGGUGCUCCCCUGGCUGGGGUCCUUUACUCUUAAUCUAAGAUAGUUUCCUCCAUACGUGGGAUCUCAUCAGCUCAGGGCAAGUAUAAAGCAUUUUCCACCUGUGCAUCUCACCUGUCAGUUGUCUCCUUAUUUUACUGUACAGUCCUAGGAGUGUACCUCAGCUCUGCUGCUACCCAGGGCUCCCACUCAAGUGCCGCAGCCUCGGUGAUGUACACGGUGGUCACGCCCAUGCUGAACCCCUUCAUCUACAGCCUGAGGAACAGAGACAUAAAGGAGGCUCUAAAUGUAUUUUUCAGAGGGAAGCCAUAA